CCGCCAAGCAAGAUGGCGGUUUGAAAUGCCUGAAUUAUUCGGCAUAUGACUCUUUAUUUUCACCCAUGCCAAGCCAUUUCUCCGUUUGAGAAGGUCAGAUUUCGACAGCAGCAUCGAUCUUGAACUGAUCUUUCAGGAAAUGAGCGCGGGAAAAGGCGAAACGAAGAAGAAAAAGGGUUUGACAUGGGCUGAAGCGGCCAAACAGGUAUUAAAACUUUAUAUGGCCGCACAAAGAAGUCUAUGUCAGCUGAGUGCGAGGUCAUGUGUAGUCUCUUUGAUGUUAUUUUACCCGAAUUGAGCUAUUUUUUCGUUGCCUUUAGGUAUUGGCGAGGUCGGCUGAUCCUCUCACACACAAAGAUAUCCUUAAAGUGAUACAGGAAGAAGGUUUGCGCGAUUUAAGGUGAGGUGAAGCGAAUUUCGAGGCUGUGGUAAUCGUAAUCUCAAGAUGAUUGACAGCACAUAAGCGUCAGUACUUCAGGUUUAUGGGUAGAGGUCUCUCACUGAUGUAGAAAUGAUUCCCUUUGCUAUAUUUGGUCGAUUAUGAUCGCAAGUUUUUCCAUCCGAUGCAAUUCCAACCAACAAUGAAAUGCCGUCCAACAUGAGGUGUAACAAUGUGGACGUCCAAAAUCUGAAUUUGAAAUUGAAGAUUACAUGAUUUCACUCCCCAAUUUAAAAAAAUGUUUAUCCGAGAAGCUACCAUUUCAAUUUUACUCAUUACUUGAACUCUCAAACUUAAAUGUUGCAAAUUUUAUUCUUAUUUUGAUUGAGUGGAACUGAAAAACAUUCCUACAUGUAGGUUAGGUUUCUUUUAAUCGAGGGACAUUUUUUUUGAAGGGAGACUGGUGAAGAAUUUGUUUUGCCUAGGCUUUUUUCAGAAACAAACAGGAAUAUUUCUACAGUUUUAGGGCCCUUUCAUUUUUUAUGGGGUAGGUUGGGGAGGUGGUGCUGGUGGGAUCUGAUGGGUUCCUCCUGUAGAAUAUGAUGACCCCCUCCUCAUCAGAAAUGGUUUUGGGUGACCACCAUUGUAUCCCAAAAUAAUUGAGAUGACCCUCACCCCCCCCCUAAAAAAAAAAAAAAUUAAAUUAAAUUAUGAUGACUGAACUUAAAUCAAAUAGACAUUUUGAAUGGCCAUCAGCAGAGAACAGACAUGGCCUAUAUAGCUAAAGUUGCAAAGGGGUCUGUUUUUAACAAUGAGAACCUCAAGAGAAACUUCAGUUUUUGAAGCUUCAAAAGCCAGGAAACUUAUAUACAACUUGCUCCGUGAUAUGCCUACUGAAAAAGUAUACCAAGAUUCGAACCGGAAUACUUUAACCUUCUGUUAUAAACUUUAAUUAAUUAAAUUACUCUAUAGCAUAUUUAUAGGUGAAGCACCUGCAACUCUUUCAUACUUGACAAGUGAACCUUGAACUGCGUACCUCAGAAGGAGUAAUAAUUUAUAAUUGUCCCACGUUUUAACACACAGUUUCUUAAAAACUUGAUUGGCUAUAGAGGUGCUAUCCUUUGGAACGCUGUCUCGACUCAUUUUACACACCAGUUUACUGUUUUUUAUCGCAAAUUGAAGAAGGACUGUUAUUUUAAGGAACUUGAUUUUUAGCACAUAGUCGGUUCAGUCCCUGCCCAGGUACUGUUCAUGAAGAUUUUAACUAUAUUAUGUUUUAAAUGCUGUAGUCAAUUUACUUAGAGGUAACUAAUGUAAUCUUAUUUUAACAUUGUAUCUUUUAGAAUCUUACUGUAUACUCUUAGAGUUUUUAUUGUAGUUGUAUUUUGUAAGUAAUGUUAUCCCUAUUUUUAAUAUAGUUCUAUAAAUAUGUGUUUUUUUUUUACACCACCCCACAAGCUUUGAGCUUUAAAUCCUAUUGUGUUUAAAUAAAGGAUGUAUGUAUGCCUUCCCCAGGGACUGAAGGACCGGCAAAUCACUUUAAUACUAUGACAGUCUCAAAAUAUCAUUACUUACUAAACAUUACAGCACUAGGCAAACGCUAUCAAACAUUGUCAACAUACUUAUAAUACGACACCCCCUACACUACUCAAACAUCAUUGCUACGCUAUACAAUAGGUAACACUAAACACUAAGCACGUUUCCUGAAGUAACCAAAUAAAACUGCUACAGUACAGUACAGGCCACGGGCAUUGCAGCAUUACACGCGUGUUUCAUGCUUGGAAAUCUGCCAUAUUGCAUGCAAAUUCCAUGAGAAAAACACUCAUGAAACACUCAUGUAAAAAUAUACUCACAAAGAUACACAAGGAAAUACACGCAACUGUACGCAGUGAUAGCUUAAGUUCUAUCAACGGCAAGGACGGAGGGAUUAUUUGUUUCACAAUGAUAUGUUUGACUUGGCUUGUUUUUUAUUUUAACAUUUUAGUGGCGUAGAGUUGCUUUUUUGUGCAUGAUAAAGUAGAGGGUCUGGGGGCAUACUUAUCAGGGAAAAUUGGAACUUUCUGAACAUCAGUUAUCAGUCAGUUAUCACAGAUGCCAUCACUGCAAAACUUGAAAGAAUUUCUUGGUUGACUCCCCCUUGACACCCAAUAUUUUUUUGCCUGGUCCCCCCUCUAAAGCCAUAUUUUUUGGCAUGCCCCCACUCAAAUCCCACCAGCCCACCCUACCUGUUAAAAAAUGAAUGGCCGGUCCCUUGGGAUUAAAAUGGUGGUUGCUAAUGUUGUUCCCGAAUUUUGACAUCUUUUCCUGCUACUGUUCUUUCUUUACAUUUCCUUUUUGGCUUCAUGGAUUCUGAUUGGCUGAAUGCUUAAAAAUUUAAAUCCCCUAACAAGGUCUCUUAGCUAGAUAUUUCAAUCAGACAGUAGAUCCUCAUUUACAGUCAAACCAGGUCAAGCGUACUCCCCAAGAAUCCAUUAAUGAAUUUAUUAUUCAAAAGUUGAAUCCGUUGCUCGUUGUAGAUUUCAGAUUGAUCUCUGCAUUCUUGGCUUCAAUUCACACGGAUUCUGAAAUUUCUACCACCUCCAUUUUCCUGAAAUUGAAUGUCUUCUAAAAAGCUUUCCAAAAGAUUUCCAAUCACCAAGUACAAGGUCUCUUAAAAUAUUCAUAUUUCAAUCAGACAGUAGAUCCUCAUUUAAUCCUCAGCUGCAGUAUGACCAACAAAAAUCAAAAGCUUUCCUGCUAGUUAUGGAAAUCCAGUUGGGCAAAUAGGGAGUUCAAAAUACCACAACUGUGAUGGCAGCAAAGAAGGGAAUUUGUAUUCUUUCAAUCUCUAUUGCGAUUAUUCCAGCAAACUCUCCUGGAGUGGAAUUCUUAAGAACCAUAUCAUUGAACUUCAGAAAGAGAAAGAAACUUUUUUCAUCUCUGAUUUACAUCCUCUGUAAAAUGUGAAAUUAGGCAUUUUCAUGUUAUGAUUGUGUAGUGACAGCAGCGUAAAAUGUGCGAUGCUGGUGCAGAAUUGUUGUUUUCCCCGUUUAACCAAUUGCUGUUUUGACUGUCUCAUUGCCAUUUCUGAUGUGUCAUCUUAAACUCCCUGAUUAUAAUAGUAAUGUUUUCCUGUUGCAAGGGAACACUUUAACCACUAGUGUUAGAUUUCCCUCAAAAUACACAUUUAAUCAAAAAUGGGUUUUACCAAACAGAAUUUCGUCUGUUACAGGAAUUUUUUUUCAAGAUAUUCAGAUGUAAACUCCAGUUUUGGAGUUUUCAUUCAGUUACAGCUGUAUUGUGAAAUAUCCAGACCCAAAAAUCCCAAUUCAGAUUUAGUUUCUUAAAAAGGUACCAUGAGAGUCUAAAUUAUUACAAGAAGAAGCUCAAAUGAUUUUUUCUUGAAAAAUAUAUUUAAGCAGUACCACAGUACAUGCAUUCUUUCAAGGUAAUCUGCCCUGCAAUGUAAUUGUCUUUAACAAAGCACUUAAUGUUGUUUCGGGUACCUUUUUUUAAGGGUGAGCUAUUUAGUCUUAUUACAAUUUUUUUUGCAAGGCAUGGGUGUUGGGUAAUUUUCUUAGCAGUUGAUGUUUCGUAUUGUAAAUUACAUUCCUGUCGGCAAAUUUCAAAAUUGAUUGGUAUAUUUUCCAGUUUCACAGUUAGCAAUCACCAAACAUGUAGUGAAGAACGAAAAAGAGAGUCGAAUUAAAAAAACACUCACAAGAAUUUAAAAAUCAUUCUGUUUAUUUUUAGUCGUGGAACUGCUCCACUAGCAUGCUUAAAUGCUAUGCUCCAUCACCAUUCCCGUGGCCCUAAUGACUUGUUCAUAAAGGUGGAAGGCCGGAUGAGCUGUUACAAACUCAAUGUAUGUAAACUAAUUUCUGUUUGUUUUAAUUAAUCUAUUAUUGUGUAUUUUGGUGUUUUGAGAAAGGAACACUUCAGUCCUAGUUCACCUUAUAACGGCAUAGUGGUCUAGGGGUCUGAUCUAGUGGUUAGCUCAUUGGACUUCUCUUCAAAUCUUGUCACUGUGUUGUUUCCUUACAAAGGAACUUGGCUCUGUUCUGUGUCUCAGUCUUCAACCAGGUGUGUCUAAAUACAGGGUUAAAGUUCUUGAACUUUAGGAGAAUUCUUUGAAAAGUUCUUGAAUUCCAUUUUUUCUUGAAAAGUCCUUUGAAUCUUUUUUUCCACCUUGAAUGUAGUGGCCUGGAAAGUGUUUUUCAAUGCUAUUUGGUUGUCCAAGAGAGAAUAUAAAUCAUAGCUCAGAGAAGUUAAAGGUGGUUUACAGAAAGCAUUUUGUGUUUUGUGCAAUAAUUAACUAUCAAUUUAAGAUGAGCUCUAUGUAUAUGGCACACUUUCACUUGCAUAUAUUAUUUUGUUACAUUACAGUGUAGUAGAUGUUAUUUUAUUUAGUUGCUACUGAAUCUUAACCUCUUGUGGCAAAAUCUUAUUUCAUAGCCAAACAGAGUUGAAACCUCAGGAGACAAUUCUGGUAACUGUAAGUAAACGUUCCUUACCAGCCUUAAGCAGCAUUGCAAAAAUGAGAGCAUGUUCUUGCCGGGCUAGACCUACAGAUAUCUUGGUGAAGAUAUCUCCCAAUCUCUGUUUUGAUUUAGUCGUUCACUUUCAGUCAACUAUGAAAAAAUAAGCUUAUACUUAUCUGAAUAUUAUUCAGUCAGUUUAAAGCCAGGGAAUUUUGUGGUUUUGCAAGUGGCAAAUGAUACAGUGAUUUUUGUGGGAGUUUUCUUCGGAUAAUAUUUGAUUUUGCUUUAUUCCAGUUUUACUUUGAUCAGUAAUAAUUAUUAUUUUAUUCCUUGGCAGCCCAAGACUCUGACUCAGACUCGAUGGACAUGCCUGAUGACUCAGAUUUCAACCAUUUUCUUGACAAGGACAGUUUGAAUGGCCUUAGUAAUGGGAAAGUGAAGAUACCCAUGGGAACAAACAGUGUUUUGAUGCCACAGCUGAAACCUCCCCCACCCAAUCCUUCUCCAAGGGAUCCCAAGUCAAAGCCAUCGCUCACCAAGGACGGAAGACUACAGAAGAAGCGCGGCCCCAAAGGGCCUCGCAGUUCAACAGCAACUAAAAGACCCAGGUUGACGAGUACAAGACCUGUCCCAAAAAUGGUUUUGAAAAAUCUGAAAGUGGGAACUGAUGAAAUUAAUGCUGGAUCAAGCGCCAAGAAUGGCAAUGGGAAGGUGUGUUGAUGCAAGAUUGUACUUUCCAUGAAAUGCUGUUGCUACAUGUACCUAGCAUUAUUGUCAAAUCACUGGCAAUAAUGGGAAGGAAGGAAAAUUAAUGUGCAAGAUAACUGAAGAACAGGACAUACAUGUAAAAUUGUACCUACUAUUAGAGGCACCAAUUUCCCACACUAGCACCCAAAUUCUGAAAAUUAGUCACCAAAAUGGUGGCUAGAAUUUAUCACCAAAUCUUGUUUGUGAACCUUGUGAUUGAAAAGUGUUUGAAAAGAAAUCUGUUGUAGUGAUCGAGUGACAAUCUGACAUCUUUUUUUAUUGCAGAAAUUCGGCACACUUUCCAAAUAUGUCACAAAGAAAAUGUGUUCCUGAAUGCCAGCUUAGAUUUCAAGUACUACCAAUACAUUGUGCAUACUCCAGAGGGCUUGCAGGGUGCAAAGAAAGUCAGUUUUUCUGUAGCUAGCACCCACUAGCCCACGAGUCAUUUUAACUAGCCCGAUGAUGAGCAGGAUUGAUAACAGUUCUUCUGUUAUUUGAAUUCCAUAAAAAGCUUCACUUGCCAGGCGGGCAAGUUAAAAACAGAAUUCACUUGCCUGAUAGCAAAAUCAACAAGCCCAGAUUAUUGGACACGACUUUCUUUGCACGCUGCCUUGCAAUGUCCCUUUAUGAUUGAUUGUUUAUUUGCAAGCUAGUUGACUAGAAUCAUAUGUGCUGAAUUUAAUGCCUAUAGGGGAAAUAUAUAAUAUUGUCCUCACUGUGAUGUUUGAAACCAGGCUCAAGACCAUAUUCCACCCUCCCCUUCACUUGUGACCUUCAUUGAUUGAGUUGAGACUUUCACUAAUCUUACUGAAAGAUAUAGCCUAUAAUACUCAUAACUUUCCUUUAUUGAUACAUUUAUUUAUUUUCUAACAGGUUAAGCCUUCAUCUGUGCUCAUUCCACCAUCAUCCCAACUCAUAAACCCAUCGAGAGCAUCAGUAACAGCUAACUCCAUAGCUAGUCACAGCUUUCAGAAUCUUCCAGGGACAGCUGAUGACAUGGAUGGCAGAGAAACGCUGGAAAAAUUUUCUGACCUUUGGACAAAUUCAAAGGUAAAGUUUUCACAUUAAAUGUUGUAAAAUGCUGCUUCAUUCAGUCUAAUCACAAUUUUAUUCAUUUCAAGGUUGACAGCAAUGCUUGGUUUGUUGUGAUGGAAAUAACUGAUUAACAUUAUGCUCAUUUUAGUUUUUAUUUUCUUUUAACAUUUACUUGUUUUCACGCACUUUUGAUCAUAUUUGCAUGGAAAAGGCAUGUUAUAAAUUUUUAAUUAUUAUUAUUAUUAUUAAAACGUUUUAUGGUUUUCCUUUUUAGCCAAGAAGGUACAAGAAAAUGAGUGUUGGUAAGUUUUCAAUAAAUUUGUUUUGAAUACCAAAAGUAACAAGACAGCAACAAUUAUGUAUUUGAUUUAGGUGAAAUUACAACACAAGAAUAAUAUUGACUUGUCGCUGUUACAUCCAACAAACCAAUUAAUUUUUAGCUGAUCUGAAUUGCUUCUGAAAGGAAACAACUCAAAAUAUCAUAUUACGAAUAAAAAGGAUACAGUAUUGUAGAAAAUGUUAAUGGAAAAUGUGUUUUUGUACAUGUACACAUAUAUUGCAUACCAUUGACUGAUUGUACAAGUUUGUAAUUUGGCAAACAUGGACCUUUUAAUUUUUUCUAAAAAUAAUAUUACUGUUGUCAUUCUUUCUUAGCUGCUCAACUGAAGAAAACCAAGGAAGGAAGAAUAGAUAUCUCAACUCCGGAUUCCAUUCUGACGAGUAUUCCCCUGAGAGUAAGUAUAGUCAACUCUGCUACGAGUAUGAUGAAAAACUUCCCCAACUGUCACUGCACCUCCAGAAACUAACCCCAUUAUUCAUAAUCAUGUGUACACCAUCUAUAAUGGCUAUUUAUCAUUGUUGCAGUGUUUUGCUUGUCUGGUUUUAACCAGUAAAAUUUACUGCCUGAAGCAACACUUCUUACCGCCUGCAACUGCUUGAAGGUUUUACUGAAAUUAAAAAAAGAAGUUGUGUUCUAAUUCGAUUCACACAAGGAAAAUGAAUAAAUAUAUAUGGAAAAGUACUAAAGUAUACAGCACAGCUUUUCUUUUUAUAGGCCAUGCAUUUUAGAAAGAGAGCAUUGGAGACAGAGUAAAAUGAUUGGAAUCAAAUGUUUUAAAUUGUUGUCUAAAGAUAACAAUGGCCGAUUUGCGUAAGAUAGGUCUAAAAAUGAGGGAAUGAGGUUUCAGAGAACUUCCACUACCCCCGCUCCCCAGGAAAGUGUACCUCUGGCGCAUAUUUUUUUGCCUUACUGCCCAUGAAAGGUCCCUUACCUGCUGAGCUAAAAUUUAGGGAGAACACCGUUGCUGUAGGAACUAUUGUUGGUUAACUGUUUUGUAACUGUAAAGAUGGACUUUAAAUACAUUUCUUUUUGUAAACUGUUUUUUGGUAGGUUUAUGCAUUCUUUGUGUGAAAAUGAAACCAUUCCUAUGUGAGGAAAGCGUAUUGCAUCUUAACAAAAGAAAUAAUUAUUGCUUCCCGUCUUACCUGGAUCAUUACUUAAUAAUGCCAUUAGGAUGCUCAAGGUCAGACUGCAUGUGCUGCUAAAGUGUGCACAAGCUAGUUGUUGCUACUCAUAGCACAUACUUCUAUGAUGCAGGCUAACUAGCAGUUGUUGAAUACUUUUCUUUUUUCAGUCACUUAUAAACCAGCGUACAUUCAACAUGCUUCCAGCUCUGUAUCAAUAUCAGUUAGUGAAGUUACUGCCAAGAGUGGACAAGUCAGUAGGCAGUGAUGGUGGCCUCAGGUAUGUCACAAGGGGCUGUUCCUGCCAGUAAAUUCUGUUGUGCAGAAUUCACUGUCAAACUUAGAAAAUGGUGAACACUUGAAGUACAUGUAUGGCAGGAAUGUUGAUUAUGUAGUAAUCUGCUGUCAUCAAGUUCAGGUCCCAGUUGUUCAAACGUUGGAUAGCGCUAUUCACUGAAUAAAUCACUAUCCAGCGGAUAACGCGCAUGUUUCCUGUAAUACUUACCCGCUGGUCGUGGAUAGUGAUUUAUCCAGUGGAUAGCACUAUCCUGCUUUUGAACAACCUGGGCCUGGACAUGCAUCCAAAUUUCAGAACCGCAAACUAAUUACCAUAGCUGCUUGCAGUUUACAUGUAGUUUUCUUGGGCCUCAUUGGCUUUUUCCUCACAACCAUUUACAUGCCAUGAAUAUUUCUGAUGUUUCCAUUUUGUGUGAGUUUCAUGGAAAACUGAAUCACAGGUUAUAGCUGCUUCCAAGAACACCAACAAAGUUCCCCCACAAAAACAGCCGUUUCUCCUCGAUGCUUGGGACUUUUCGCUAAGAGAGACGUCUGUGCGACUGCCUCACUAACAGAAAUUCUAUAGUGGUUACAUAAAAUCUCUCUGGAAUCUGGUCAGAAGCUCUGAUUGGUCAACGUAGUAGUUACUUUGUUUUAGCCAUUGUUUACGAAUGACAGACAAAAGACAAAAGGCCACAAAGGUCAAAUUUAAAUGCGAUGAAUCUAUAACAAAACACUGAAUAUUCAUGGAAUAUAUUCUUCUCUAGAAGAAGCAUUUGAGUUUUGCUGGAGCUUGUUUGCAGAUGAACACAAAGCUUUGCCAAAGUUGACCAGGAGAAACAUAAAAUGAAAUAGAUUUGCAUUUAAAACCCCAUGACUACCGGAUUAAUUAUGUAAACAUAGAUUUACAUCAUCAGUAUGGAAUUUCUGUUGCUGAGACGCAGACGUCUGUCCUGGCGAACAACCUAAGUGCCAAGGUAGAAGGAGAAACAGCUGUUUUUUGCAGGCUACAACAAAGUUCCUCUCAAAGGAAAUUGAUGGUGCUCCUGCAAGUCCAAGUGACACUGUAGUGUACAUUAUGUAAACACAUGUGAUCAAUGGAAACACCUCUGUUGUCGUCGGCAAUUAGAUUCCCUUCUGGUGUUUUACACCAAGCAUUCAGUCACUUAAUUCAUACUAUUAUCUUCUGUUGUAAUUAGAUGGUCAUUUGCUGGGGGGUGGGGGGAGGUACUCACUGAAGCUUUAUACGAUUUGCCUUUUUACAUACUAUUAUUGUGACAAGCAUUUUAUUGUUUUGGAACACCAAUAUGGCCACCGUGACGUCAUGUGAAAACCCUCUAUAUUUGACUCAGGAGGUUGUCUUGUCACUUUCCCAUUUAUAGCCUUUUUCUGGUCUUUUCAGAGACUGAAAUGACAGAUUUACCUGCCCUUCAACUAAUGAAGUCCCUACCCUUUCAAAUACCUGAAACUUGAAAAGGGUUCCUCUUUUGGGCAGAGUCUCCCUGUCUGUUUUAAGAAGUGGCCACUUAUCAGACUUAUAAUAGUGUGUUGUUUUUCUUUUGGCAGACCAUCACAUUCUGCUUUCACAAAUGAGUUCUUUGCUAGUGCAUGUCAUUCAUGGAGAGAUCGUCUUCAAGAUGGUAAGCAUUGUCAUUGCUUCAAGCUCAACUUUUUUCAAACUUGCCAUUUGGCAAGGUAAAAUUAUCAUAAAAUGGUCGUAAGAGAUGAUGAUGUUGGUCUUGUUUGUAGGGUUCAAAAUAAUCAAAAUGGCUCUCCAACUUUUACAGUCUCAAAGCAGGAUUAAUACCCCCAACAACCACAGUGGAAGAAAGGGAUUGUGUAGUUCCAGAAAAUAUCCAUAUCCCCUCCCCCCAAAGGAGGGCACUUUUGUUUGAGACCCCCACCCCCUCGGAAUUUCCAUUCCAUGGGGUGCUUGUCACACCCUGCUACUCCCUGGAAUUUCCGUGAUUUUCCAUCUUGAUUGGGAACCCCCUGGAGAGAAUCUUUGCAUCAAAAGUGCUGUUGCACUAUACCGUUAUGUGAAAUCUAAUUGUUUCUGAUAUAAAGUGGGAAACAAUUUUCUUUUUUAUGUUAAUUUGUGGCCUAAUAAACUCAAUUUUCCCUCGUAGAGUUCUUUCUUAGCUAAUAAUUUACGGUGAGCCACAGCCGAAGAGAAAUAACUCGCCAAUCUUACUUGCAGCCCCCGAAAAAACAAGACCUCAAAUAGCCACCCCCACCCCCUUGGAAAUUGCCUUUUUUUUGGACCCUCUUCCCCUCGGAAUUUCUGUUGCCCUCAGUGGGGAGGGUAUGGAUAUUUUCUGGAACCACACAUUAUUAAGAAAUUGGGGUAUAAAUAUUUCAGUAGCAGCAGUGAGGGAUUUGAACAUUCCUAUAACCUUUAGUAGCAGCAAAGAUAGUUUAAACUUUGCUUUACCCUUUAGUAACAGGCUGUUUCCUCUUCCUUUUCACUUUUCUUCUCCACUCUUUUAUCCGUGCCAUGGGUGCGUGACCUCCUUACUGCUUGAGGCCUGGAAUUGCAAGAUUUGUCGGACACGAGAGUGGUCUCUAUCUAGGAGCUGGCCGUUAAUAAAAGAAGAAAACUGGGCCGGGUUAACCUUCGCAAAGACUUCUGGGACUGUUACAAGGGCCAGGGCAAAAAAAAAAUCGGCCAAUAGCUGACCGGCACGUCCCGAGUAACGAUCCCAGAAACACUUGUGGCACGCAUUCUAGCUCCAGUUUCCGUCUCGUUUUUAAAGUGGCGAAUGGAAGCUCCUGGAUAUCUGAGGCACCUAUUCCCUCUUUUUUUGCUUAACGCCUCAGUGUUUUAGCUACUCAGAUUUUUUGCUAGACAUUAUCUUUAAAUGUGCAACCAGUCGUAAGAACUUACUCAUGAAUUGACCUUUCCAGGAGAUUUCAUGACUGAUAUGCAACUAAAGAGGAGACAAGAAGAAGAGAGACUAGCUAAGUUGGAUCCCUGGAAGGUGAGAUUUUGGUGCCUUGACAUAAAGUAAUCUUACAUUAGAGGUGGGAGAACGCUGGAUUCUCUAGUCCAAUCCCAUCUUCUGUUUCUAGUGACACGCGGAAAAGGUAACAGACCUGUUAAACCAGUGGACCUGAAAAUAAUGGAACUUUCUAAUAACCUGAUUGUUUCCUCGUUUGUUGCAGGCCAAGUUUUUUGAACCUGUCUGGGGCAAGAGGUUAGUAAUUUAGUGAUAAUGUUGAUAUCCAUGCAAGUUAGAACGGCUGCUAAAAGGAAUGUACAUUGUGUAAAGUGGAAGCUCUCAUGAGUGGACGCUCUCGGUACUCAAAAAAGGUGUCCAUAACUGGAGAUGGCUUAGACUGUUCAAAAUCAGUCCUCCUUGCGCUGAACAGAGUUCUAAAUUGCAAAGACCCAAUUCGAGAAAUUCAGCGGUUUCCAAAUUUAGGUCAUAAUUUAUGUCCACGGAUUAUAUCUAAUAAACCAAGAGAUUCAUCCCUUUAUUUUGGGCAUCGUUAUAACAGAUGGGUCCUUGCAAGUCAACAAAACGCUUUAGGGCCUUGUAAAUACGCGCGAUUUCGAGCAAAGUUUUCUUGUUCAGCACGCGUGCAAUGACCACGCUUGGCUGACUUCCGAAGGCUCACCGAGAUAUUCCCGUCACGAGUUGGUUUAAUUAUUUGCUUGCAUUAAACCUAUUAAACCUAUAAAAAAAAAUAUGAUAUUUUUGUAAUAGUAAGGAGACUUAGUGUGUAGCUUUUUUUUUUUGCAAAGACACAAGAAGCACGAGAAUUGAUUGAUAAUUGUUUUAAACCUCUAUGUAUCACGCGAUGGCCUCGAAAAAUCGCGCGCAUUUACAAGGCCCUAAAAAUAGCGUUUUGAAAUCUGACUCCCUAAAGCGUUUUGCUGACUUGCAAGGACCCAUCUGUUAUAACGAUGCCCAAAAUAAAGAGAUGAAUCUCAUAGUUUAUUAUAUAUAAUCCGUGUAAAGUUUGCUUAUCAUUUUCGCAUAAAUUAUGAUCUAAAUUUGGAAACCGCUGAAUUUCUCGAAUUGGGUCUUUGCGAUUUGGUGAAACUCUGUUCAGCGCAAGGCACUAAUGCGCACUAUGUGUAGCCGAGAGAUUUUCACAAAAAAAUGCCGGCAACAGCCGAUUUUCGACUCAGACCUCAAAGGGGCAUGGCAUUAUAACCACGUGACAUUUACUCCGAUCGCCAAACAUUUUAUGUUAUAUUGUAGAUUGAUCUAUAUGUUAUCCAUUCUAUGUGUUAGACUUAAGAUAAAAAUAAAGGUGCGGAUGCCAGAGAGCUUCAAAGUAGAAUGGUACCCCCCCAAACAACUGGGUCGAGUCACCUUAUGUUCCAUACAAACUGAGCCAGACAACCGUGACAGAGUCCCUUUAAGUUUCACAAAGACUUUGGGACUGUUACUGGGGACAGGGGAAAAAAUUGUCCAACACCGGACCGGCGCGUUGGCAGUAACGAUCCCAGUAAGUCUUUGCGCUAAGUAAACUGAGGUGGAUAGUUCACUGCCGUUGUGCGCACUAAGCCGCUUACCCACACGUUGUUGGAACGGGUUUCUUUUUCUAACGAAAUUAUUUUUUAUUGACACUGGUCGGUUGAACAUCCGAGUAAUCUGUUGAUCACACCCCUCUUACUCCUCUCCCUUGCCCUCCCCUCCCCUCCCCACAGAAAUGUAUCUUUUAAUUUAUUUCAAGAAAUUUCAAUUUCAGAAAACUUUCGGAUACCGAAGAAUCUUCGCAAGACCUUGCCUAUGCUUAUUUCACUGAACCACUGUCCCCAGCACCUGCUGUUCCGAGUCAUAAGGAUCAUAACGUUGGCAGGUCGCAGCUCAAUCCUCCAAAAUCAGCCAGGAUAUCAAGCGCCAUGAUACAACCUCUAACCGUCCCAGUUAAGAAACUUCCUCCUCACUGUCUUCCCAAACAAAGGGUGUCUGAGUCUCGGAGAUCAGAGGCGGCGAAGCAGCUUAGAGCGAACGCAAAAGCUGGGCCGUCACGACCAAGGUCCAUACCCAUCUAUCGGAUGGUCACCGUCGCUGUUGCUAACGAAGCUCUUAAAGCCGUAAGGACUUGUGCGCCAGACAAUAUGCUCACUACUAGUACGGUAUACUCAAGAAAAAGGACGAUUAAGACUCCUUGUAGCGAGACUGCUUCUGAUGGCUCUUCCAUGGAGUCAUCGGCAACUUCAUUAUCUAACGCGUCUGUAUUUACACAUGAGGUAGUAGAUCUGCCGAAACCUGCAACACUUAUAAAACAGAGACCACCAUCGCGGGCUGCAAUGCGCAGUCAAGCGGCCAGUAAAGAGAACUCGACACGCCGUGGUUCUGCCACGGCUGGUGUCUCAAAAGGCUUUUCAGUCAACUCUGUCACUUCCAAAGCCUUCAGCAGAUCGAUGUUACUGAAGAACUGUUCGUGUCGGCUGAAAGCCAUGGAAAUCUGUAGAAAAUGUGGUGCUUUCUGUCACGAUGACUGUAUCACUGCCGCACAGCUUUGCAAUGCGUGUGUCAACUAGCUGUCGGUCCGAAAUCAAGAGAACAGUGUUUGGUCAAACGCUGGUUAAGUGAUGACCAAGUACUCUUGCUUAUUUUUAAAAUGCUACUUUAACACUAAAAGAACUGUUUACUUGAAUGAAGACAGCAAAACUUGAGGAGUUUUCUGUUUUUGGAAUAUGAACUAUUUCUGAAAACAGGGCGUUAAAGUAAAAGGUAAAAUUAAGUUAACUUAGAAUACGGAAAUUCAUUCGCUUUGCGGUAGGGGUCUCUUAAAAUAAAGUCGUCUCGCCCGAACUUGCGUCACCUUUUCUUAAUUUGAAGUUGUUGCCCUAAACAGAUACCCAGGUAUACCCUUUCUAAUUUUAUUCCUUUUUUCACGAUUUAAGAAUGACAAAUACACAUGCAUAUCUUUGUCUUAACUGCCUUCAAGGCUUAAAGCCUAAGCGUAAAUUUCGAAUGAUGCUUUCUGGGCGAUGGGCAAUCUGAGCGGUUUCCGUUAAUCACCUUGACUGAACUUAUUUCAUGGGUAGAAUAUGUCACUUGGAUUUCUCUGACGAAACGUCACGCUUUGAAAAUCUUUUACGGUGCUAGAUUGACUUUGUCGACUUAGUUGAUAAAACCAUAACAGAAUUAAAAUGACAAGCCAGGAGGUUUCUAAGGUGGGCCUAAAGAAAAGCUACAAGUUAUUGUCACAAAGGAUGUCGGGCGCAUUCCGUUUUAUGACUAGUCUAUUCUGGUGUCUGAAAUAUUGGGAGGUAGCUUAAAGGAGCUGUGUCACGAAAUGUUUCAAACUUCAAACAAGGACAACUGACACCCAAUAAGGUGAAACGUAAUAAUAACUGCUCACAGCAAGAGAAGAAGUUAUCAAUAACUGAGCGAGUACAGAGUAAGGCACGGGGUGUCCAAACUCGAGGAAGAAUAAACGGGAUUGCAAUUGGGUUUUUUCAAAGUUUGUUAAUUUUUUCUGUUUGUAACGUUUGAUAUAACGGUGGGGAGACAUUUGUUUAAUUAAAACUCGGAUUUUGCCAGUAAAAGUGAAAAACGGACGAAAUAAUCCAGAUAGCCGCGACGCAGCCCCUUUAAACAAACAGAAAAAUGUUUCAGAUAUCAUGUUUUGAAUCAUUAUUUCGCCGUCAUUCUCAAGCAACACGUGUCACAAUAGUUUGGCCUGGGAAUGAGUUUCGAAUUGAUGCGCAAACUUACAAGGUUGUGUUUCAUGUUCCAAACAUUUGCUUAUUUUACAGUUGUUAGUCCGCAUGAAGCAAAGAACAAACGUGAAUAAUUAUGUGAAUUAG